AUGACCGGUCUAACCCAGACUUUGACUAUGAAGCGUGGAAAAGGAAACACAUGCAAUUUGCAGACGAAGCGGUUCCGCGAUGGGUUGAUGAAGUAUUGCUUUGGUGCACCGUACGUCUGCUCCGAAUUGGCCAAAGGCACUGUCAGUGCUGGUGCAUUUGCCCAUCCGGCAUUCUUGAAGAAGCAUCAUUUCGCAAAUAUCAAGAAGCCCCUUUAUCUAUCGUGCUCUGAGGAAGAUCAUACAUUUAAUCAGGAGUCUCGCCGCACGGCUUUGCAGAUCUUGCAGGCCGGGAAGAAGACCUACCAUCUCCAGCUUUUCUCUGGCGUCGAGCAUGGCUUUGCUUUGCGGGGAAACAUGGACAAUGCUUAUGAACGCUACGUGAAAGAACAGAGUCUGCAGGGAAUUGUGCAGUGGUUCGAUUUCUGGUUAUCUCUAGAGGUUUGUCUUUUGCUUCAUUGUCUUCGAAUCCACGCUCAUGAUUCCACAGGAGAGGUUGGAAACGGCCGUGCAACUGCAAUCUUGCUCGCACGACAGGGCGCCAAGGUCGCCCUGGUAGACUACAAUGUUGACUGGGCACAAGAGACAAAGCGCAUGAUUGACCUCGACGGUGGCCAAUCCGUAGUUAUCCAGGCGGACGUGACGGAUGAAGAAAGCUGUAAAAAUGCUGUGGCGCAGACCGUCGAGGCGUUCGGAACCGUGAACAUACUGGUCAAUAUUGUCGGAGUUGGGGGUGUCAUGGGAGAUGCUACGAAACUUGACCUUGCAGCAUGGGACAGAGACUUCAGGAUCAACGUGACCAGCAUGGUGCUGAUGAGCCGACAUGCCAUACCGGAAAUGAGAAAGAACGGACGCGGCGCGAUCGUCAAUAUGUCCUCCGUCAGCGGUCUCCUCGGUGGUAACCCUAGUCUGCUGUACCCUACAACGAAAGGGGCCAUUAUCCAGAUGACUCGCGCUAUGGCAGCGCAACAUGGUCCUGAGAACAUUCGUGUGAACUGCGUCUGCCCGGGGAUGGUGUUUACUCCUAUGGUUCGUGGCAGAGGAAUGACAGACGAGAUGCGCCAGGCUCGUAUCAAUCAGAACCUCUUGAAGCAGGAGGGGACGGGAUGGGACGUUGGUUAUGCAAUUCUCUUUCUCUGCAGCAAGGAGGCCAAAUGGAUUACAGGCCUAAUCAUGCCUGUCGACGGAGGGACGACAGCCGGCAAAGCAGACCGACCCGCCUUGAAGGCUGACACGCUCGCGGAGAACAUUACAGGCAUUCCCAACAAGAUAUGA